CCACGCGGCUCGGAGGAUUCUGCCCACGGAGCGCGCGGAGUUCGUCGCGUCCCGUCCGGUGCGUCCCGCCCGCAGCACUGUCAGCAGAGCCCGCACAGCACCGCGCCGCACGCCCUGCCCGGCUCUGCCCGCACCGGACACAGGUACCAGCACCUCCCAGCCAUGAUGGGCUGCCAGGAGACUGAGUACCUGGAUGAGCACGGGAAAUGUGUGCUGUGCAGGAGCUGCAUGCCUGGGCAGGAGCUUUCCAAGGACUGUGGUGAUGGUGUGGGGGGGGAUUCACAGUGCGUUGCUUGCCCUCCCAGGAAGUUUAAGGACAGCUGGGGGCAUCAUGGCUGCAAGCCGUGCCUAUCCUGCACCCUCAUCAACCGCAUCCAGAAGUCAAACUGCACAGCGACAGCCAACGCAGUGUGCGGAGAAUGCCUGCCAGGGUUUUACCGCAAGGCACGACUCAGUGGGCAGCUGGACUGGGAGUGCAUCCCCUGCACCAAGCAGACACCCUCCUCCGAGCCCCAGUGUCGGUCCAGAACAAACCUGGUGAAAGUGGCAGUCCCCACCGUGCCUCCGCAGGACACAGCCCUGCUCGCCCUGACCAGCAGUGCCUUGGUCAUCAUUGUGCUGGUGCUUCUGGCCCUCUCCAUCAUUUAUUGCAAGCGGUUCUGGAAGAGCCAGUGCCAGCGAGUUUUCCUGCGGACGCAGAACUUCUCAGGCCAACGGGCGAUGUUCCCCACCUCGACAGUGCCUGGCAGGUUUCUGUGUGAGGAGCAGAUGUCUGGCCCCUGCUGCCUGGGCAUGAAGAACCUCAGCCCCUGCUACAGGCAGACAGAAGGCCCAGUGGAAGCAAUUCAGUUUAUUUCAGAGGGAGAAGCCAUCGGUCUCCAGCUGCCACCUGCCCAACCUGAGCUGGAGCUGCCACCGGCCGUGGCGGGCAGCCCUGUGCCCAAGGGCCAGCUGGCCAAGAGCAGCCUGGAGAGCCAGCCGCUGAUGCGGGGCUGUGCCGAGCGCCGGGCCACCACCAUGACCCCCUCUGACCUCAGGUCGGGCACAGCAGAUGCCCUGGCCCCACUCUCUUCCUGUGCCUCUGAGAUGCAGCACAAGUGGCCACACACCCCUGUGGAGUGCACCGAGCUUGACCUGCAGAAAUUCUCCUCCCAGAUGGAGUUUGUGGGCAGUGAGAGGUCAGAGGAAGCGGGGAGCCGGGCAUCCCCAAAGGAGAGCAGCAGUACGGCACUGGAGGCUGGCAGUGGGCUCAGCAUGGGCCCGACGAGGGGCAUAUCCACUGCCAUGCAAAGCUCUGCCACGGAGAGCAGGGAGCGGCAGGUGAAUGAUGCCCAGAGCCUUGUGUCUCAGAUCAGCAGUACAAUGAAGGGUCUCCCUGUUGCAGAGCUGCCCCAUUCCUUGGUACAGUCACUCGCUUUCUUGUUGGACCCUUCCUUGAACGGUGUGAAGAACUUCAGCCAUGUGGCUCUGGAGCUGGGAGUCAUGCCUCAGUUGCUGGGCCGGAUCUCUGGAUUUGAGCAGCUUGUCGCCCACCUCACCUACUCUGGAGACACUGUCACCAUCCCUCGGCUGGCUCAGGCUCUGCAACGACUGCAGCGCUUCGAUGCCCUGCUCCUGCUGUGUGACCACUUUGCUCUCAGCCAGAUCCAGGGCCGCCAGUGCUAGGAGAAGGCAGGGGAGGGACAGAGGAAACUGCAAACACUGUGUGUACUGGUACGGGAGAGGAUCUGGUAGCCCUGUGGUCACAUCAUCUCUCUAACAUGCAUGUUGGAAGUAAGUGGAGAUGGUCUUUGCACUGUGGAAUAGAAGCAAGGAGGAGCAUCCUUCCUCGGGGAAGAGCAGAGGAGCUGGGGAGGUUACAGUACUGUGCAUUCUCACAGCUCUCGCUCCUGGGGAGGUUGUGCUCAGCUUGUGCAUUUCUUUUUUCUUCAGCUGUACUUACAGCCAUGUCCAACAGCACAGCAAUGUCACAGUUUGCUGUGCCUGUCGGUGUGUAGUAAGCCUAGUCCUCUGUGAGCUGUUGGCAUUGGGAUCAGUUCUGUGAGGUCCUUGGUCAUGGCACAUCUCCUUCCCAGCUCCUUCCUCUGUGGGUGCCACAAGCCAUGAGUGUCUCUGGAGGCCUCAGGGUAUCUUCCACACCAACAGCUGAUGUUUGCUGCCUUCUCCUCAGUUGUGUACUGCUCACUGACAGGGCCAACAAUCACUUCUCUCCCAUUCCAGUUUCUCAGAACUUUUUCCUUUGGCCCAUACUUUGUUUUUCUGGAUUCUUGUUCCUACUUUGAGUUGAAUCUCUGUUCUCUGCUCUCUGUGCACUGGAGACACAGUCCCUGGAGGAGGACCUGCAUGACUGUCACUGUGUGACUGGGAGUCACGCAGUCAUUCUCAGUGCCACUGCAGCAUUUGGCAUGUUUAAAUUCAUUUCUUUUACUUGGAAAGGUAUGGUUUUCUUAAAGGAGCACAGUUUUCUUAGCGUACCAGAGUACUUUGGUAUGGGUUUGUGUUGGAUGCAGCACUGUGCUGCUCCCUGCCCAGGGCAGUGUGUUUGCUCCUGAGUCUUCUGGUGACCACCUGUGCUGCACAGUGAAUCCACGUGCUGCCCGCUCAGUGUGGCUCUGGCAUUGCUGCAGGGUGCAGUUGGUGCCUGUCUGGAGACUGAAGUUCAUGACUGCGACUGUGCUGUGGGAGUGCUGGAGUCCCUGUGCCAAUAACAGCAGGGCAGGCUUGUUUAAAGUUGGGUUUUUUUUUCUUUCUUGUUGUUUCUGCCUAAAAAUGAGUUAAUUUUCUAAUUUCUGGAAGUAGCUGUUAGGGAGGGAACACCCUUCCACAUUUAAUUUGCUCCUGAUGGAUUUGUCAGGGCUUGCAGCCGUUUGGCCUGUGUUUGGGCGCAGAGCUGUGGGGCUGGUGGCUGCCUCCCUGCUCUGUUCCACUGGCAUCAGGAGCUCCCCGUGUCCUAGGGCUUCCAGGGGGCAUUCUGAUAAGUGGAGUUUGUGUCCCACGGCAGAGUGACUUGCAGCAGGAUGCCGUGCCCUGCCCUAGGCAGCAGUGCCCACACAAGCCCCUCACUCCAAGAUUUUUGUCCAGGGCAAAUCCCAGCACAGCAGGCGGGGAGUGGCCCUGCGGGGGUGGGAGGAAUGCAGGGCCCAGUCAGCUGGGGGAGAUGCCCGGCACGCGCCAGGCCCUGCCGUGGCGGGGAUGCCUGUCCCAGCAGGGAUGCCUGCACUGCUGAGGUCAUGGCACAGCAGCUGAGCCGCGCUGGUAGGAGCUCACCUCCUUGGCAGUGCUGUCUGAGCCAUCACGAAGGUUCUCUGAGCUGAGGUCUUUGUGCCAUGCCCGGCUCCAGCAGGUGCUAUGAGGCCAGGCUGGGAGCUGGUUGCUGCAGGGUGGGCAGGAGGUGUCAGCCCACAGCUCCCUGCCAGUUGCACCGGGACAAUGCGGUGCUGAGCUGUCUGCCUCUGUCCAAGGAUGCAUACGUGUGUCUUGGUGCCUGCACCUCAUGAGCUCGGAUCUUGAGCAUCUCAGUGCUCUGACCAAACCAUGCUGUGAGUUGAUAAACCCAGGGAUUCGGGCAGCAAGGUGACCUUGAGGUGCUGAUGGGAGGCCUCAUACUGGUGCUCACUGUGUCAGGACAGCACCCAAUCAUACUGAAGAUCAGAGUCUGAAGUGCCUUUGGGUCAGGGACUGGCUUUUCCAGUGAUAUACCAGGGAGAAUGAGCCUGUCUUAUUUCUCUCUUUCUGCACCAUUUAGUGCCUCCUGAGUCCAUUUCCGUGACUUUCUUCCUUUCCCCUGAUCUUGCUGCUUUUACCCAUGGGGCCUGGUGGAUGUCUUGGGCCAUUUCUGUCCUUCCUGGUGCUGCUGUCCCCUUGCAGCUGCUGCUCACAGCCAGAUGGCUGUUGGUCCUGAAUGCCUGUGCCCCAGGACCUGUGGGACACGCUUGCUGUGUGCUAUGUCCCUUGCUGAAGGCUGCAGCUGGCUCCGAGUGCUGCGUCUUCCUCCUUGGGGCUGGCUGUGCUGUCUGCUCCAGCGGUGCGGUGGCUGCCAGCAAGUGGCACUGUUCCCCUGCCGGGGCAUCCCCGGGCUCUGCCUCUUAUCUGACCACAGUGCUUGGAAAAACUGCACGACUUUCUGGGAAUACAGCCCUCCCUCAGAUCUGUCCAACAGCAGUAUUAAUAGAUGUUCUGGUUUGUUUUUUUCCUCCUUUUCUCGUGUUAUAUGCUGUUAGGACUUGAACGUGCUCAGGAUGUGGUCAGAUAACAAAAGGCGUGGACAGCUUCUCUGGAUGUACUGUUUUCUCUCCUGCUGUUUAUAUCUUCCAGAGCUGCAGUUUCGAUGUUCUUUGUUUUGUGAGAACCAGAGAUAUCAGUCAGACCUCGCACCCUUUUUGGCUGGGGCUAACCAGGCUCUGGAGAUGUGCUUGUUCUGUUACAGAGCCAUCAGGGAAAGUGUUUCUGGUGCAAACACAGCCUGGAGAUCCAGGCCUAAACUUUUUUUCUUCAUCUGAGAUUUAUCUUCAGCAAGGAGAUAGUAUUUGAUUAAUUUCAUAGUUUCAUAGUUUCGUGCAGGUUGGAAGGGACCUUAGAGAUCAUCGAGUCCAGCCCCCGGGAUUCGAGCCUCUGUGUAGCAGAGUGGCAUUUCUACCACUUGCGCCACAGGGGGGAUUCGAACCCCGGGCCCCAGUGUUGCAAGGUGGCGUCUUUAACCACUGCGCCACCGGGGCACACAAUUACUUAACAAAAUCAACUAUUUUAUCUUCAUGGACAUGCUUCACAAAAAUGAGUUCACCUGUUUGAGCAGGAGCGAUCAUACAGCUGAGCUAUCAGCUGUGGCUCUGGAGGUGAAGCUGGGCUGGUGCCUCACACUGUGCCUCAAAAGCUCCUUUCUCUGCCCCUUGGUGGGGACCAGGCUGUGGCUGCUACCCCCACAGCACUGCAGUGAAUUAGGAAUGGAGCAGGUAAUGAGAGCACCACAGUGUGUGCUGCAGAGCGUCACAGGGGUGGUGGCUUCCGUCAAUCGUGCCCUCAUUGGGCACUUCUGUUGAUGUAGAUGGGCUCCGGACAGAAAAAUAUUUGGUUUUUUUCUUCUUCAAAUAAAUCAGCCCCAUUCUCAUAAUAGCUUUUAAGGGGAACUUUGAUAUUUUAGCUGUUUGAUGCCUGAGCAAUAUUGCUCGUGUUCAGAACCUACCUCUGCCACGGUGCUGAGGAGGCAGCACGCAGGGCCGGUCGCUGCAUUUUAGCUGUUUUAACUUUAUAACUUUUCACUUUGUUCACUGUCCCUGGGCCAUCUGUUGCAGUGUGACUGUGAGCUGCCGCAGGCAGUGCUCCAUGUCUUCUGCAGUGCUCUGCGAUAGGGCUGCAUAUGGCUGCCAUCAACCUGCGCUGGCAGCAGGUGAGCCUGCUCACAUCAGCCACAGUCAUGCAGGCCACAUUGCUGGAGUCUGCAGGGCUGCUCCUCACUGCCCAGCUGAAGUCCUCAGAAGAGGGGGACCACAGGAGCCCAAAGAUGGGGCCCUGAAACUGCAGCUUGGACACGGGCAGAUGGCGGCCAUUGCUGGGCAGGUAGGCGAACAUGGAUUUCUUUAGCUGGGAACCGAUAGGUUUGAUACUCAACUUCUGAUUUUUCUCCUUAAUAGUAUUUUCAGCACAACAAUUGGAAUGUAAGGGAAGGAAGUUCCCAUAGUGCUGGAUUCUUGCAUUUCAACUUCAGGAAGCUGCUGGUGCCAAGCUGGCACGGCUCAAAGAAAGUAGAAAGAAAUAAAAUAAUUCAGCAUCUGUAUGAACUGUAGUUGGGACUGAACAAUGGAAACACUCUUGGGCAGCAGGAUUUCUGCAACAAACAAUUGUUAUGAUACCAGUCUUGUCUGGAAGUCUGAUCUACAGAAGAAUUUACAUGAUGGGUUUCAGUUCGGUGCUGUUCUGAAAGCUCCUAAGCACACACUUAACAAUAGGCAUGUACAUAAAUCCUAUUGAAGUGAACAAGUAAUCAGUACAUCCUUGGGUGCUAUUCCUGAACAGGAUGUGUUAUCAGAAUUGUACCUUCACUGUGCUGUCCCAUGAGCAGGCAAUACUGCAGAAAGCUGUUUGAUCAGUAUGGGCACACUUUCAGAAGUCUGCAAGUGCUAAAGAGAGAUGCACUACAGUCUGUUUAGAUGACUUAACAUUGCAGAUUCUGGUGCUUUUCUGAAAAUAAAUAUCGUUCUGUAGCCAUGGUUUACCUCUAGGAAUACUUGGUCAUUUUUAUGGUGGAUGUUAUUUCUUCAAGGUUGUGAAUGGGUUAUUUAUAUUUUUGUAAAUCCUACGUCAUUAGCAUUAUAAUUCUGAAGUUUAGUUGUUUCCAUUGGGUUUGUUUCUUUUUGGGGGAGAUGUUGUCUGUAUUCAAAUGAAACAGUAGCUGAAGCUCUUCAGUUUUUUGUUACAUAUGGGGUGUUUGUUCCCCACAUUCCACCCAGUCGUGGUGUUGUUGGAUGCUGUGUACGUGAAGUUAAAUAAAUCCCAGAGGUGGAGGUG